UAACCAGAAAGAUGCAUUGAGACACAUCUCGCUGACACUUUGCCUACCCUCGGACUCAAGCACCACUACCCUCAUCCCGUACACCAGUUUGUCAAACGAACUCAACCAAAAAGGAGGGUCGUGGGGAAACAAAUACCAAUGGUACAUGACGCUAGACUUUUGGUUCGGAAAAGGCGAUCCCAAUGAAAGAUAUAGCUAUGGUCGAGCGUGGACCGACUUGGUGGGAGAGACAGGGGCGGAUUGGAGUUCAUCGUCAACAGGAACAGCGAAAAAAGUAAGGCAAAGAGUACACCUGGCAAAAUCCUCAUCUGGCCUCGUAAUACAGUUAGACUUAACGGGGGUACCCCAACCCAAGAAAGAUGAACCCCCUUGCGCAUCCUUUUAUCUAUGGCCCAAGACAUCGCCAAGCCCCCAAUUCUCUAUAUACGUAUGCAUGUCCAGUCGCAUUAAAAGACCACAAUCUGACAUAGUAUCCGUCCAAAAGGGGGUGGUGAUCCACUCCACUAAGGAGUGGACAACUGAUCAAGAGUUCCAAGCAGCAACUGGAAUCUCGGGACACACAGCAAACAGCAACAACUGGUUACUGAUGGCACAACAAGCCGCGCUAGACACAGGCGAUGACUGCCUCAUUUGUAUGGGAGCCAGACCCCUGCUCCACAUAAUUCCUGCCCCGGUAGAACCAAGGUGUGCCACUGAAAUAAUGGGGACAGACAACCCUCAACACAAUUGCUCUAAAUACGACGUUUACUUCCCUUUAGCCAACGCGGAAUUAAAAAAGCCCUUAUUCUUUGCAAAAGUUCCGAGGUUGAAUUACACCUGUUUCCACACCACAAUCAGAAACACCGGGGGGUUCAACAAAACUCUCUGCGACCACAUAGUGACACCAACUACACCUGGACGUGGUGUAAUCCGAGCAGACAUAUGGUUCCACUGCGGUGGCAACCAACUCCACGAUCGCGUCCCAUAUAAUGCCAGUGGUCUAUGUGCACUGGUCACUUUGCUUCUACCAGUGAAAACCUACAAAUUAAAAGUAGGGGACAUAACAAACCUGGCAGAACAAUACCCCUAUCAUACUACGAACAGAGUCAAACGCAAAGCCAUGAUUGACCCAGAUCCAACGUACAUAGACGCAAUAGGGGUACCACGGGGCGUACCAAGUGACUACAAAAUAGCCGAUCAACUAGCGGACGGCUUCACAUCCAUCAUCUGCCCCUGGUGUGUCAUCAAUAAAAACUCAGACCGCAUCAAUUACAUUCAUUAUAAUAUCCAACGCCUAGGAAACCUCACACAUGCCGGACUCAAGGCAGUUAGUGAGCAAUUGAAAGCCACAUCACUCAUGGCCUAUCAAAACAGAAUGGCCCUAGACAUGCUCCUAGCAGAAAAAGGCGGAGUAUGUGCAAUGUUCGGAGAGCAAUGCUGCACCUUCAUUCCCAACAACACCGCUGCAGAUGGAACUCUACAAAUAGCACUGGACGGUCUGAAAACCCUCAACUCCCGCAUGAAAGAUCAAUCUGGUAUCGACGGUAAAUGGGACGAAUGGAUGUCAGUGUUCGGUAAAUACAAAACCCUGGUCACCUCAGUAUUGGUAUCAAUGGCCGUGUUUGCAGCAAUUUUGACCUUGUGCGGGUGCUGCUGCAUCCCAUGUAUCCGUUCAAUGGUGGACAAAAUAAUUAGUACCGCCAUAGCACCUUCUACUCCCCUGGGCCAACAACUCGCCUUGCUAUCCUUAGAAAACAACCCAGACAUUGAAGAAGGUGAAGAAGAAGCGGCAGCAAUGGACACUUUCCCGACAGCACCACCAGUACCACCGUAUGGCAGAAUGUGGGAAAGGGAGACAGAAGCCUAAAACAGCUGACAUAAAUGUACAUAAACAAUAGCGUUGUUUUGUUGCCCCAAUCAUUAGAAUGGGGCAAAAGGGGGAUUGAAGGAUAAAGAUAAGGCAAAUGUGGCAGUGAAUAUAAGAUAUAGUGGGCCUAUCAUGGAAAAGCUAAGACAUUGAGCUGUCUGAGUGGAAAAGUACAGUACUGUGUUAAAGUCCAACUGCUGAGAAGCCUCAGUGGAAAUAUACUAUGUGAAUACUGUGUGCAACAAAAACGCGGGGUCAACCAGAUUAAGAACAGAGGCAUCCUGUUAUGUCCAAACUGAUAAGCCACAAGGUUGCAGAACUCAUUAUUCUCACACUAAAUCACCCACCAAGCAGGCGCAACAGUUCACAAGGGGAGUCUUGUGAGUGAAACCAGAUAAGGAAGUGAGUGAAAGCAAAUAAGGAAGUAACAAAAGCGCGCCGAAGGCUAACCUAAGAGUUGCUAGGGUAGCAACGGCAGAUUACACCACAAGAAAGCAGCGAAGGUGGGGGCUCCGCUAGGAACAGUAUAUAAGCAGGAUGUAUUCAGUACUCGAGGCUCUCUUCAACUGGGAUCUUACACUGACGAGCUUGUCACGGUGAGAACUCAAGAAGAAGGAGUCCAAGGCGCUUUGUGGACACAAUUCCUUUUCCCUCAGAACUAAGAACGGUCAUCGGCAGAUCCGGACAGCGACCCCGCUCUAGCCAUAUCCAAACGAUCUGCGCGGAGGACGGACCUGGUCCG